AUGGACAACUCGCACGUCGCCCUCGUGUCGAUGAUGCUCAAGGCAGAGAUGUUCUCCCCCUACCGCUGCGAUCGAAACAUCGCGCUCGGCAUCAACCUCAACUCUCUGACGAAGGUGCUCCGUGCCGCACAAAACGAAGACAUCCUUACCCUCAAGGCCGAAGACGCACCCGACGUGGUCAACCUGGUGUUCGAGAGCAGUGAAACGGACCGGCUCAGCGAGUACGAUAUCAAAUUGAUGGACAUUGAUCAAGAGCAUUUGGGAAUCCCAGACACCGAAUACGCCGCCACGAUCGAGAUGCCCAGCAACGAGUUCGCGCGCAUCUGCCGCGAUCUACUGGCCAUGUCAGAAUCAGUGUCCAUCGAGGCCAGCAAGGACGGCGUUCGUUUCGCGUGUCAAGGCGACAUCGGGAAUGGUAGUGUCACCGUGAGGUCGCACAGCAACGUCGACAAGCCCGAACAAAACGUCUCCAUCCACCUCUCCGAACCGGUCUCGUUGACCUUCUCCCUCAAAUACCUCGUCAACUUUUGCAAGGCCAGCGGCCUGUCGUCCAGGGUCAAGCUCUGCCUUUCGCAAGAAGUGCCCCUCUUGGUCGAAUAUACCCUGUCUGGCAGCAGUUUCCUUCGGUUCUACCUAGCUCCAAAGAUCGGCGACGACGAAUGA